AUGUUGCCCGCACAAGGUUUUACUCUACAGUUCUUGCGGCCCGCGUGGGGUGCUAUGCGUGGAAGAAUGUCCCCCAAAUCUGUUCAGUAUAUGUGGGUUUGUGAUUUGAGAGCCAUUAUUGUGAAAUUUUUGUCCCGAAUCAAAUGUCUAAGCGUGCAAAAGCAUAAACCGGACCUACUUCAUCUAAAGGCGGGUCAAAAGGCAAAUCCAAGGACCCCCCCCCCAUUUCGUUUGUUAAACCGUGAAAACCGCAAAACAUAUGAAUUUCUCACUUCCAACAAACAACAAAUCAAAUCAACAAAAAUCCUCCAUAGAGAAUCUUUUGAAGAUCUCGGGGUGCUCGAAGGAGUUCAAGCACUAUUUGACAACAUUGGUUGGGGUCAAUUCCUUCAUAAUCGUGUAGCCACCUACAUUGAACCAACCUUAGAAUUCCUUUCCACAUUCAAACCUGAUGAUGAAGUGAAAACCGUAACUUUCCAAAUGCUAGGUGAAAAUCGUUCAUUGCCAUUUAGGGUUGUGAAUGCUCUCAUGGGCACCCCGGUGGACCAUAUGUAUUCCUAA